GCCGACAUAGGUUUUUUAAAUAUUCUUAUUUGGUUAUGUUUUUAUGCAUUUUUUCCGUUAAACUCGAUAUUUUGCUUACAAAUGCAAGAUUUUCAUACACUGCAAUGAUAGAUUUCGAAGAAAUUAUGAGUUCAUAUGAAAUCCGGUAAUUAUAAAGGAAGAGUACAAUGUUCAAAACUACAGCUAGUCAAAGUUCUUCGCAAGAUAACAUCGAAAAUUACAAUGAAAGAACAGAGGAACUAUAUAGACCUUUCUUCAUUCAUCCCACAACAUGUGUAAUACUGGCAGAACAUAUACUAACAUUGAUGCCUCCAGAAAGAAAUGUCAUACUAGCUAUGAACGAAUAUGCCAUCAGAGACAUCAACCCAACUCAUCCAGACUCCCCUGACUCGCCAACUCAUGUCAUUGUAUUCUGCAUCCGGCUCAUUACAGCUGAUGUUUGCCAACCAAUUGGAGGCUUACUUAUCUAUAGAGAUGAAGACCAAAGUUAUUUAUUGGCAGAAUGUCUGAAAGCCUAUAUUAAUGAUCUUUGGAAACUUGGUCUUUUUGUUAUGGCAACAGUAUCUCCUCCAUUUGAAACUUUCAAAAAAAUGUUUAGCCACAUAGUGCCAGUGGACUGCUCGGCAACAGACUCUGGCCCUCUGUCUUAUUCUGUUGCCCCAAUUAAAGAAAUAGUUCAUAUCUAUGAUAUCCAGUUCCUCCUCAUCAAGUUGCAAAACCUUUUAAGAGAAGGAGAUAUCAGGUUUGAGGAGAAAUGUCUGGAUGACAGAAGGGUUUACAGAGCUUCUUGGUCAGAUGUCCGUGUGUUAUCCAGUUAUUCAGUAGAAUAUAGAAUGCUUGAUGAGAUUAUGAAGCAAACAAGGGAAGUGUCCAGACGUGUACAUGUUUUUACACAUCCAAUCUAUCAGCAAUUGACUGAGGCUGAAGCAAAAGGCUUACUUUCAACAGAAGCUACUGGAACUGUAGUUUUACUGAAUUGUGUAAGAUCGUUUACUAGGAUUAUCGAAAUGGAUGUUGUAGAUGUGGGAAAUUUCCUAAAAACAAACGAUUGGGAUGGACUGAUAGAUAUUUUGCACACAAUGACUUUCCAAAACUCUAAAACGCGAACUUGUACCAAAGAAAAGAAAGCUUUUUCAAGGAUUGUCGAGUGUGACUCGGAUGCAAAGCGUAGACUGGAUUUUUCAGAUUCUGGGAAUGCGUGUGACAGAUUAGCAGAUGGUUUAGAAGACAAGCUGUUCAUUGAUAGUGAUAAAGAUACUGUUAAAAAAGCAAAAAGUAAGAGGAGCAAAAAGAAUACUCUUGCUAAUGAAGAAAUAUCACCAAAUCAGACAGAUAAGAAGCUCAAAGUAAAAGAAGCAUCUGUCAAUAAUGCCAUAGUAUUAGAUAGUAUAUCAGCAGUAAGUAAGUGUACCCAAUCUCAAUCAGAUAGAACCUGUGAUAUAGAUAAAAAUAAUAACAGUGAUGAUAGUAUAACUUCUAAUGAAACUAACGCACGAGACGAUUGUGAACAUAGAAAGAGAAAAACGCACAAGAAGAAAGCAAAAAGUGAAGGGUCUAGUGAAGAUUCCCUUAACAAUUUCGAUUUCGUAAUAAACAGUCCACGCCAGUUUUUCGAAUCUAUGAUACAGUGCAAUAAUGUAGGCCCUGAGAAGCCAAUCAAGCCAAAUAGGCUGGGUCUUGUAGACAUAAAUAAUCUAUUAGAAGAUACUAAGGACCGUUUAGAAUCAAAAGAGAUCAACAAUGAAUCUUCCAUUCCGAAUAGUAAAGAUAUUUUUAGUUCAAAAAGUGACGACGAGACUGAACAUUGUAUUACUGCAAGCUGUGAUAAAGUACCUAAUAUAUUAGAGUUAUUAAGCAAGGUAGAUGUUAACGAAUGUACUAAUAGUGAGUUUAAGUCGGACACCACGAGAAGUGAGAUGCUCUGUACUGUAUAUGGAGUGCGCAGAUUACUGAAAUUAUUGAUAGAUAGACGGAUCCGGAUAGCAAAACCAGAUGCUUUUCUCAUCGACCAUGUCGACUUUUUUGUCACGACUAUCAAGAGGGAAAGAAACGGAAUUACCACGGCACAACACUACGGCCAUAACUAUGAAUUUCUAAACGCAGAGUUAGCAUUCACAGCAAUGAGUAAUAGCACCGGAUUGUUCUUGGUUUCCAAGUGAUAGACACAGUUUCUUGUUAACGCGUUCAUGCCACAGUCACCAGGUACACACAGUAAUGGAAGCCAAUGGAAGCAUUACUACUGUAAGGCUCGUAUUCAUGAAGCCCUCGUCAGUUAAGACCGUUGCUGUCCAGUAGUAUUAUCUUUUUUUCUAACAGCUUGAGUAUAAUAUUUUGAAUUCGACCCGUCACUGGCGCCGGACCAAAUAUUCUUUCAGAAUUUUACCUGUUGGAAAAACAUACCAAUCGUGCAACGUUUCCACUGAUAUGCAUUUCUGUACCAUUUUCGCAGUUUUGGUAUAAGCUUGUUCUUUCACGCAUUCUGGUGCACAGUGUGGUGUAUAUAUUUUGCAUCGCACUUUGCAACCACUUUUGCAUACUUGUCAAAAUGAGUGAGCUGGAAUGUAGAAAGUGGAAGUCAGAAAUUAUAACGAUAAGCAAGACAAGAUGAUGCCACAAAAAUAACAGAACUCAUUCAGAACAGGUUUUUUGUCCUCUUUCUUGAUGCUACCAUACACCGCUUAAGGCGGCUCCGACGAAGUGAGUUUCAAGCCAUUUACAAGGGUUCAGCUGCUUCGAAACUGACACUACAUUUUUCAGUAUUUUUGACUGAAAUUCAUAGAGUAUGUUCAGAAGACAAUUGUCCAGGGUACUAUUGGAGCGAUUUUCGAAAUUAUGUUAUUGCACAAGAUUUAUGGUGGGUUGAAAUGCUUACUUUUUUUGUUGAACGUCGAUAUUUUUUAAAAUCAGCAGUGUAAAAAAUGAAAAAGUGGCUCGAUAGAACACUGUAGGGUUUUGUUUUCGGCACACUGAAAAAAUUUCAUCCGAAAAUAUUAAAAAAUGUAGCGUCAGGUUCGAAACGCGCAAACCUCUACAAAUGGGAUUUUGCACGUACUUUGUCUGUUUCUUGCUGCCAGCGCAAGCGACGCGGCGGUAUGUACGCACUAAGAAAGGAGGAAUUCAGAUAAUUUGGUAAUCCUAUUUCAUAUAAUAUCGUGUAAUAUAAGUAAUUCUGCAAAUGCGAAGUAAAUGUUCGUAACUAGUUACGUAAAUAUAACUUCUGAACUUAUGCCCCGGUUGUUUCUCUGAUCUAUCUAUCUUACACUGGUCAAUAAACGAAACCUAAGAUGGUGAAAAUACUGCUUCAGCAAAUUGAAAAUUUUUACUCCUCUAUCUUACAGCCGUUUUACUUCGCACCCAGUGGCGCGAAAAAUUUCGAAAAUGAGAUGUUAUGUUUAUAAGGUCUUAUAUGACAUCUACAUCACGAAAAACUAUAUCUCUCAUUUCCGUCUGUCUGUCUGUUAGUCCUUUGGCAAUCUAAAACUUGAAAAUUACCGCUGGGAUUUUUAUGAAAUUUAAACACAAGAUAUGCAAAAGCUUUGUAGUCCAGUAGUUUUUCUGCUAGAAUUGCUACAUGAAUUUUACGUGCGUAUUUCUUUCAUUUAUCAAAAUAUUGUCUGGUGGUUGAGGUAUUUAUUAUAGGUGAAAAUAAAAAUAUAUCUAGUACCUUUCCACGUCAUCUAGAAAAAUUUUAGCGGAUGAUCGAUUUGCAAGCGGGUAAAUGUUUUUAUUAUUACCAAAAAUCUUUGUUCUCAUUUCAUUUAUCAAAACAUUGCCUGGUGAUUGAGGUAUUUAUUAUAGGUGAAAAUGGUAAAUGUUUCAUUUAAACAUGACAACCUACGUCAUGUAUAAAAUGUGUUCAGAAUGAAUUUAAACAGUUAAUGUAUAUUUAGAUGUAAAGAUAUGCAAAGGAUUUUUUGAUUGCUUACUAUUGGUUUUGCUUUAAAUUCUGUAUCCCUUUCCAGUAAAAAAAUAAGGUUUAAGUAAAAGUGAGACCUGAAGGAGCACGUAGAGUCUCGGGGUUCCUUUUUCUUCUAAAAAACCAGCACAGGAAUAUUUUGCAUAUCACAUUUGUUGUACUUCAGUGACAUACAUUUUUUGAAAUCAAAGUGGAAUAUUUGAUACUUAUAAAGUCCACCGCAUUAAACUAAUUCAUAUUUAAUAUUCAUCAAUGCAAAUAAUGCUAAAAAAUCCUUUCAUAUUGUCAUUUUUGUAUAUAUUCGUCAUACCUAGAACAUAAUAAACGUACGCGAAUGUAUGUCUUUAUCAUCGAUGGAACUAAAUUUUGCCAUUUUCAUUAAGAGUGCGUAAUUAUAUAAUUAUAAAUAUUUCAAAAGUAUAUUUUACAUGUGACCAGUAUUAGUUUUAAAGACUCUUAAUUAAUAGUGGCAGAUCAUGAUAUUUUUUGGAUUGACCAAAGAAAAAUGUUAUGAUCUCUCAUUUAGCUUAACUGCAGAAUCUGAUCUUUUAAAUUUAUCAAAAUGCAGUCUGGCAUUCUCAGUUAUCGAUUCAGGAAUUUAGGGAUGUUUAAAUCACUGAACUCCCGCCGAGUGCAUUCUUUAAUUUGAAGUAUGUGGGUAAAGUGCCUGCAGUGUUUAAAAUUAUUUGUAUACACUUUUUGACAGUUGUUUUUUGUAGCCAUUGUUAUAGUUAAAAAGUUUUUGUUGUUUUGAUAGUAAGUAAUCCUUCAAGCAACAUAAUUUGCGGUAUAUAAAUGAUGUUUUAGCUGUGUACUUUUAAGGAUGCCGAUCCGCGCCACGAAAGCGACAUGAUAUAGCGACCCGAGACGCAGCCGGGAAACUAGUGGCACAGAUUAGAAAACAACUGAAACUCUCCUGACAGUGCCAAGAACGGCCGCCAUUCAGGCGGAGAAAAUCUCAUGUAAAUUAUUUCCCCAGUAUACCGAUAAAAGAGGUUUUAGUGUUCAGCAGCAUCAGCCGGUGUUACCGCGUACGAUGGCAGCGGCCGCAUAUAUUUUUUUGCAAUCUUAAAAUGAUAAUAUUUGGCAUUUUUACUUUGACUAUAAGUUUUCUAAUCCAAAUUUAUUUUGAAGCUUUUUCUUAAAUAAAUAGUCAUCAAUACCCCGUCGCCUCUUUUUGAACAAAGAUACUCCUUUUCGUUAUUAAUUCACAUAAAUUACACCGGAACAUAUCAAAAUAUCAAAUGAUUGUGCCAAUUCGCUCUAGUUCAUUACUCACAUUUUUACUUUGUCUAUGAGGUUUUCUAAUCCAAAUCUCUCGCCUAAACCUUCAACCUCCUUCGUUUCACUAUUGUCUGCUUGAAAUAAACAUGCGCUUAUUUCACUUUCUACUGUAUUCAUGGUUUUUCCAUUGAACGUUUCUAAACCUUUGGUGCCAUGUCCAUAAAGUUGGUCCAGCGUGUUUCUAUCGUCUGCAAUUGAUAUAGAAUCGAAAAGCAACACGUCACAUCAUUGGAGGUGCCAGAACUUCAUUGCAAAGUUCAAAAACUUCGUUAGAGGUGUCGGAAAUCACGGAGGAGACUCUGAACGCCGAUGAGCGCAUUACUGAUGAAGACGUGUCACUUUUUGAGGUGUCCAUAAUCUCGGAGGAGACUCUGAACACCAAUGAAAGCACUACUGAAUCGAAAAGUAACAUGUCUUUAUUCUGCUGCUAUCAUCAAUGCUCAAAUUCUCUUCCGGGAUUUUUCACACAUCUAACGGAGGUUUUGAAUUUUGCAAUGAAGUUUUGGAACCUUCCAAUGAUGUGACGGGUCAAUUUUCGAUUGGAUCUCAACUGCAGAUGAUAAAAACACGCUGGAUCAGCUCUGUAAACAUUGUGCGAAAGGCUUAGAAACGCUCACAUUGAAAAGAGAAAUAAGGGCAUGUUUGUUAGACAGACAAUAGUAAAAUCAAUGAGGUGAUCGGUUUGGCGAGAAGCUGUUUGGAUUAGAAAAUCGCAUAGUCAAAGUGAAAAUGUUAGUAAAGGACCAAAGUGAAUUGGCACAAUCAUUUGUACAUUUUGUUAUAUUGUAGUGUAGUUUGUAUGAAUUAAUAAUAAAAAAUGGUACGUUUGUGUGAAAAGAGGCGACGGAGUAUUGAUUAAAAAAAAUACAACUCCAUUUUAUAGCAAUUUUCUGAUUCACCGACACCUUGUAUACGUAUAUAAAAUAGAUAUUGCCUGAAAAAAUGUAUAUCAGGCCCUACAACUUUUUCAUACAACUAUUUUUCCCAAAAUGUCAUGGAACAAAGUUAAAAGGGACAUUCCACUAAUUCCAGCAUCAAAAUGGUUAUGAAGAAUUGAUAGAUAGUAGGUACUGAUGACAUAUAAAUUAUCUUCUGCUUCCUAUUUUCACAAUAAAUGCAUCCCACUGCAAGUUUUUAACUAAUCUCUCCGUCUGAAAAACAGUAUUUUUUAAUAAGAGGGUGAUUCUAAACAUAUCGAAAAUAUAAUAAUAUGUAUAAUAUCUUUCGCAAAUGUGCUUUCCCAUGUUAAUUAUAUGAGGCACAUAGAAUAAUAAUGGUCAAACUCAGAUGUUCCAGUAUUAUCUUGAAUGCAUUUAUACCAUUUUUCAGUGAACUAUAUUGAAUUCAAAUCAAGGAGUUAGACUAGCUUUAUACUAAUAGAUCUAGGUAGAUUGACACCUUUUAUGUGGAUGGCGCGAAUUUUCAAAAGACUGGAUUAAGACCAUUAUUAUUCUAUGUGCCUCAUAAUAUGAUGAAUUACAUAUAUUAACUUAUCUUAUCCAUCCCUUGGGUAAUGAUUCCUCAGGUAAUUUUAUGAACAAAAACUUUGCUUAUGUCUGCAAUGUCAUAUCUUUGUAUAAAAAUUUAUUGCGCCAGUAGCUCCAUGUUAGGCAACUAGAUUUGUUUUUAAAAAUUGUUAUUCGUCAACAGUGGCAAAAGGAGUUACCAUUUUGAAGUGUCAAUCAAAAACUGUCGAAAGAUCAGAUGAGAAUUUUUACGUAGGAGUGAUCAAGCCAGUCGGAAAAAGAUCACAGUGAAAAAUGUCGGUCGUGUACCAUUACUUUGUAAAAGACGCCACUGGUGGCGCAGUAAAACAACUUACACUAAAAUAUUUCGUUUCAUAUCCCCUUUAGUAUACCAAAACUAAAAAUACCGAAGUACUUUCGAAGAUAUGAAAUAAAAAAUGUCUCUCAAAAUUUUUCACCUUGUAGCCAAAAAUUCUCCAUAAAAUUAUUUUGAGGAAUCAUAUUGAGGAAAAUUGGCACGUCAUUAAGGAAAAUUCUGAGACUUGAGUAAAUCAGAACCCCCUAGGGUACAUCACAGAGGUGGACAUGACACACUUUAGUUGCAAGUUGCAUUUUUAUAUUGUAGUCAUGCGGAAUUGAAUACUUAUUUCUUUGUGAUGUUUCCGAAAUCAAAAAUGACAUUUUGACUCUUGCUAAUAUGCCAUCUUUUAAUUCAUUAUUACAAUACGUUACGAUAAUAACUGGAAGUGCCGGAAUUUGUAUUUAUUAUUUUUAGUAUCGAAAUUCAAUAUCAAGCAGAGAUACAAGUUUAUACAGAAUUUUUAUUUUAUUUUUCAUGAUUUACAAAGCUUUAGUUUUUGUUUUAUAUGUCGUAUAUUUUAG